CUUUCUCGUGUUGGUCGCCUACUCGCCAGCUCCUGCAAUCUCUGCUUCAGCUGGUAGGUUCGGUCUACGCCCCGUGGAGCUCUCGAGCUAUCGUAUCUCUAACGCUCAUCAAGGCGCCGGCAGCCUUUCGGAGCACCCGCAUACAUUCUUUCGGCAUCUCGCACCCACUUCGCCGCAAGAGACGGCCCUUGCACCCCGGGGCGAAAGGACGACUACACACCAUGCCGAUCAAACGCAAAGCCACGGAUAGCGGUCGAUCAAGUAGAGCAUCGAAACGGCCAACUCCUGUGCCUGAUAUCGGCAGUAGCGACGAGUACUCGGACUACGAGGACGAGAUUAAGGAUGAUAACCUGAAAGAUGUCUUGGAGAAAUUCUCCCUUGAAUCUUUCAGCAAUCAGAAAAGCGCCGUACCGAGACAGGACCCGAACUUUGGAUACAAGGACUUUUCCUCGCUAUCGUUGAAGCCGGAUCAUGCAAACCGUCCGCUCUGGAUCGAUCCCCUAAAGGGCACUAUUACCCUGGAGAGUUUUUCCCCGCUUGCGCCCCAGGCGCAGGACUUCUUGACUACUAUCGCCGAACCGCUGUCGCGUCCGACCCACCUCCACGAAUAUCGGUUGACCGGAAACAGCUUGUAUGCAGCCGUCUCUGUCGGUUUACAGCCACAAGACAUCAUCAACUUCCUUGAUCGCUUGUCCAAAACGCCGCUUCCUGAUGCCAUCAAGUCGUUCAUCAUCGAUUUUACAAAAUCGUAUGGAAAGAUCAAGGUCGUGUUGAAACAUAACCGUUUCUUCGUGGAAAGUACGGAUCCGGCGAUGCUGCAGAUGCUGCUGCAGGAUGAAGUCAUUGGUUCUCAGAGAUUGAAAGGCGCGGAGGGAAUCAUUCAGCAGGCAGCCCCGAAAAUGGGCGGCCUGGUCAUCCCGGGUACAAGAGAUGCGGCGGGUGUAAAACAGGCUUCGGAGCAGAAGCCGGCGGAAGACGCUGCGGGCGAAGCUCGCAAAGAGGAUGAUAUUCUUUUAGCUAUCCGCGACGACGAUGACGAUGACGAACAGGCUCAAGUACACAGCUUUGAGAUCCCGAACGAAGCUGUGGAACCUGUCAAGGCGCGCUGCCAGGCCAUGGGCUGUCCAGCAUUGGAGGAGUAUGACUUCCGAAACGAUGAGAUCAAUCCUACACUGGAUAUCGAUUUGAAGCCAGCUGCACGAAUCCGAAGCUACCAGGAAAAGAGUUUGAGUAAGAUGUUUGGUAACGGACGUGCGAAGAGUGGAAUCAUUGUCUUGCCUUGUGGUGCAGGAAAGACCCUGGUCGGUAUCACGGCGGCCUGCACGAUCAAGAAGGGGACAAUCGUUCUGUGCACCAGCUCGAUGUCCGUGGUGCAAUGGCGAAACGAGUUCUUGCGGUGGUCCAACAUCGACCCCGGGGACAUUGCCGUUUUCACAUCGGACAACAAGGAGAAGUUCCGCAGAUCGACCGGUAUCAUCGUGUCUACCUACUCGAUGGUGUCCCAGACGCGUGCUCGGUCGCAUGAUGCGCAGAAGAUGAUGGAUUGGAUCCAGUCGCGCGAAUGGGGUCUUAUGAUCCUCGACGAGGUGCACGUCGUGCCUGCGUCUAUGUUCCGAAAGGUCACGUCGGCCAUUGCGUGUCAGAGCAAACUGGGGUUGACUGCUACGUUACUGCGAGAGGAUGACAAGAUCAAAGAUCUUAACUUUCUGAUUGGCCCCAAGUUGUACGAAGCCAACUGGAUGGAACUGGCCGAACAAGGACACAUUGCCAAGGUCCAGUGUGCCGAGGUAUGGUGUCCAAUGACGACCGAAUUCUACUCCGAAUACAUGAGAGAAAAGUCACGGAAGGCGGCUCUCCUAUAUAUCAUGAAUCCCCGAAAAUUCCAGGCCUGUCAGUUCCUGAUCGACUACCACGAGAAGCGAGGGGACAAAGUCAUUGUAUUCUCCGACAAUGUCUACGCUCUCGAGCGGUAUGCGCUCAAAUUGAACAAGGCAUAUAUUUACGGCGGUACUCCCCAGAACGAGCGGAUGCGCAUUCUGGAGAAUUUCCAGCAUAAUGAACAAGUCAACACAAUAUUCCUAUCCAAGAUCGGAGAUACCUCUCUCGAUCUCCCCGAGGCCACCUGCUUGAUCCAGAUUUCGUCGCACUACGGUUCCCGUCGUCAGGAGGCGCAGCGGCUUGGUCGGAUUCUGCGGGCCAAGCGUCGAAAUGACGAGGGAUUCAAUGCCUUCUUCUACUCACUCGUGUCGAAGGACACGGACGAGAUGUUCUAUUCAUCGAAACGCCAGGCUUUCCUGGUUGACCAGGGCUAUGCAUUCAAGGUCAUCACCCACCUGCAAGGCAUCGAGAAUCUCAACGGGCUCGCCUAUGCCUCCCCCCAUGAGCGCCGCGAGCUGCUACAGGAGGUGAUGCUGCAGAAUGAGACGUCGGCCGAGGUGGAGCAUGUCACGGACGAUCUCUUCUCGGGUCGUUCAGGCGGGCAGGCGCGGAAGGGAGGUGUGAAGCGGAGUGCCGCGACCCUCAGUGGACUGGCCGGCGGGGAGGACAUGGCGUAUAUCGAAUACAACCGCAGCCGGAACAAGCAGUUGAAGGACAAGGCGGGCCACCACCCGCUGUUCCGGAAACUGGAGCGGGAGCGUCUGAAGCGGAAGAAGGAGCUGGAGGACUUUAUGCGAUGAUUGGAUUGCCUGUCGGUGAGUCUGCAGGCGAGUCAGAGGCUACGAUAGAUUGGGACCACACAUACCAGAUAAACGACUGCAUUAGUGAAAAGUAAAUAAUCAUUGCAUUGCA